GUGAACUACAAGCCCAAGGAGGGCAUCAGAGCUAAUCCCUCGGGUCAGUUUGUGACACCGAAGCCGCCUCUACAGUAAUCGCUCGCUAGCUGGUCUGCCGACUGCCCAACCUGGGACCAACCAACUUCCAGCCCCGAUUGCUCUGCAUGAUCCGCCGACGCCGUCUGAGGUAGAAUCGCGAUUUUCCUACGCUAGGCCCGUAGCAAUGACGCCACGAGAGCCUCAACCGCCAGGAGAUGCCGUCUCGAUGACGUCGCAUGAAGCGAUGCAACCUCGUAAAGAGCAAGAAGACGCUCGAAUCGGACAGCCGCAGUCAGGCCAGGACGAAACGACGAAAGAGGGGACUCGGGCCUCGGCCGCGGGAUCGUCGGCCCAGGGUCCGGCCUCGACUGCCAAGCUGAGGGCGAUUCGACAAUGCUGGGGCGAGCAUGUCAGCGUGGUGGUCGACUUUGAGACCGGCCGCGACCAUCUAGCUCUAGAGCGGACCUUUUUAGGAUAUCUUUGCACGGGUGUUGUGAUGGCUACCCUGGGGACGGUGGUAGUGCAGCUCUUCGCCCUCCAGCCGUCAGACUCGGGGUUUGGGUACGCGGCGAUCGGGAAGCCGCUGGCCACCGCGUGCUACUGCUUUGCCAUAUGCGUCACACUGCUUGGGGCCCUCCGGGUCUGGAGGAUUCAGCACGCCUUGCUUCUCGGGAAGACGUUGUCCGGGGGAUUUGAAAUCAUGACAAUCGCGGCGGGCUGCUUCAUGUGUCGUCUUUCUUGGCUUCUUGAUUGCGCUUGACGUCGUAAAGGAAUCUUCGGGCGGGUGAUAUACCUGCUACUCAGGACCCUCUCAUUUCUCAUGGCCCUGGAAGGUGCAGCCCAUUAGCCAGUCGAUCCUACAGCGCUGGACUAUCAGCCGUUGCGCUUCCCUAGUCGUAAAGUACCAUGGUCUUCAAAUUAACCCGGAUAAAGCUACCUAGCACACAGACAGAAGCUUGCCGUAGGACCACGAUGCCCAAGAUUAUCGCCGGUCAGCAUUUCAGAUGGGUAGGGGACUUAAAAAAUAGUCACGGG